AUGGCUCGUUCCAUUUCUUCGCUUCGAAGCCAGAAGGACGGCGGCAGUAGAAGUUCAAGCACGAGCUCGAAUUCAAGAGUCUCAUCAACCUGUGACAGGGAGUCAGAUACAAGUUCCGUGAACUCUGAUUCCAGCGAACUCCAAGACACCAGUUCGACGUAUUCCGGCAAUAGCACCGAUAGUACCACGGUCCAAGUCGACUUUGACCAUAGGGGUGAGACCUCACCUCUUCAACCACCUUUUUCUCCACGAAUGGUCUCAGAGCAUCAAAGCCGACCCAAGUAUGCUGGUUUCUCGAACUACACUCAUGAUCCCCGUACCAUCUACAUAGACUCACUCGGUAGGUCGCCUCCCAUGGAUGUCAAAAGGAGACGAUCUAGUGCAGACUCCAUCCGCGCCGUCUGGGGUAGUCCAGAACGCCAUUCCGAAGGAUUCCCUGGAUUCCAGUCCAGCCGCCAAAGCGACGAAACCGCCGAGACUCAUUCUUCCAGUAGUACUCAUGCCUCUGGACCAAACACGGCCCAGAGUAGCACCCGUUCACCAAGCUCGAUCGUGACUGAAGCUCACGGUGAUGCCACCACGACCACCGGGGCCAGACCAUUCUACAUCCUAGUUCUGAUUCCGACGUGCUGUUCCGACAGACGAGAGCGGGCUCAGUGA